AUGCUUAUUUAGUCAUAGCUGUGCUGAUGACUGUGUACAAAAUCCCACACACUCACACACUUUCCCCUCACACCUACAGGAGACUCAUUAAACACUCCUACCUGUGAAUAACAUGGCUAGGUAUGAAGAAGUCAGUGUCCACGGUUAUGAAGAAUUUUGCAAUGCUGUGUCUGAGAGAAAAGGAAAAGACGUCUUUGUGUACUUCAGUGGCGACAAAGAUGAGCAAGGGACAAGCUGGUGUCCAGACUGUGUGAAAGCUGAGCCUGUGGUUCGUGGGGAAAUGGCUCAUCUUCGUGAAGGCUCGGUCUUCAUUUACUGCCAAGUGGGAGACCGACCAUACUGGAAAGAUCCGAAGAACGACUUUAAGAAGAAUCUUAAACUCUCUGGAGUUCCUACUCUCCUACGCUACGGCACAUGUGUUAUACGUUUUCUCUAGCCGCAGAAGCUGGUGGAGGAAGAGUGUUUCAAAGCGGACCUGGUGCGCAUGAUGUUCACGGAAGAUUAACGCCUCAUGCUGGCGUUUUCCUACAUAUCCUGACAUUCUUUUCAAAACAUUUUAAUUUAAUGUUGUACUUUUUCAAUGUUUUGUGAUCAUGCAAAUACAGUGUGUGUGUGUGUGUGUGUGUGUGUGUGUGUGUUCACUGUGAAGUGAAGGGCAAAGUCUCAUUCUGGCUCUGCAUUCUGUAUCCGAAGUAUACUAAAAGUCUAUGUGCUCACAAAAUCACUGUAUAAGCAAAUACAAAUAUCCGAUGCUUUCACUUAAGUGAGAAUUCCAGUUUUUGCGCAAACUAACAGUAGAAAUAAUAUAAACUUAUUUGCAGUCACAGAAUGUCAUUUGUAACUGUACAAAAUAAAAUGCUUACGAACAGUCGAUGGUA